AUGCACAAUCCAUAUCUUAACGGAAUCGACGUCAAUGAAAACGCACCACAGAUAAACCAGCAGAUACCACAGACUAGCAAUUUAGAUCAGCAUGAUCCCUAUCGACCAGCGCCAUCGACGACUCGUAGAAAUGAAAAGCAUGUGCUUUACAUUGAUGAUUAUACGACAGAAGAAGAUCAUCCGCCGUCCUAUAGCAAAGCGCAAGAACAAGGACAAGAAGAAGCUUAUCAUAGCUCAGAUGUGGACAUGAGAGCACCAGCCAGAGGGUUUCCAGCGUCAACACCAGAUGCAAUUCCUUUAGACCCAUAUCAUGCACAGCUACCCUCCGAGCCAGAGACAGCUCCACUGAUGGAGACUGAUUCAGAUAGACACUCGCCACCAACAGCACCAUUAUCCGAUCGAAUAGAAGUUUGUGUAUACAAUCCUUUGGAUAGAUCCAGACGAGUACGACAUUGUUCUGUUACCAGGUUCAUUUUAGCUUUCGCCGUCUUUGUGGUGGGUGUGAUACUGAUGGCAACGGCACUCGCCACCAUUAAAUGCUAUAAUGAUGGAUGUAUGGAUGAUGUGGAUUGUGAGCGAUGCGAAAACACGACUAAGAAAGGAAUCCAGGCAGCUGGCUUCAGCUUCUUCAUCUUGGUUAGCCUUUGCAUUAUCUGGAGAUUCAUAAAAUACGCAGUGCUCUAA